CUUCUUUGCCGGGAGAAAUUUAGCAGCUGAAAGAGACAGAACUUAGAAAGGGCGCCGCCAAAGAGAGAGAAAGAGAGAGAGAGAGAGAAAGAGAGAGAGAGUAACCCUCCUGACUAUCACUUCCAGAUGGUUUUUUGUCCCUCCUUCUCUUGUCUGCACAGGUUCUACCAAGGAAAGGCAUGAAAUAUGUCCUCCUACUCUUCAACUGCUCCUACUUACCUUGGAAGAAUUUUAAAUAGAAACAUUACUAAAAAAAAAAAAAAAUUCCAGGACUUUUCCAGCUCUUCUUUGAUGUGAUGUAUGAAGCAAUAUUUGGUUGCUAAAACUUCAAGCAACAUACAUUAACCACCUCACUGAAAAGAAGAAAUGAGUGAUGAAGAGUGAUGAAAAACAAGAGGCUGCAGCCCAAACCAAAGGAAACUGAAGAAAGAAAGGCGCUUUACUGCAACCAGAUUAAAUAGAAGCCAAACAAAUACUUCCAGGAAAUCUACAAAUCAGUGUGUAAAAAUGACAGUCCUUCUGUGUAACUUGAUCUCAGAUGUAUACUGCUGCUAAAUGUGGAGAUUUCAUUUCCCCAUCAUGGACUGAUAAAUAAUGAUCAACUACUAUUCUCCCAAAAAUUGUCAUGCAUUUUUAAGAACAUUAUUAAUGAAUGUUCUAGCCCUUUUUUUUUUUUUUUGUAAUUAUUAACCAAGCAAAGAUUCCUCUGGGGAAAAAUGAACAGGAUCCAGUUUAUUUCACUGUACUCAUAGCUACGUAAUGGGAGAAGGCAUCUGAUUGUUACCCAAUUGCUCAGAGCCAGCUGUCUUCCUGAUACUAUCUCAUUGAUUAGAACCUGGGAACCAAUUGUGAGAUGGGUGAAAGAAGAUAGUUGGACUAGCAUCCUUCCUAAGUAUUUGUGUGACAGCUGUCACAGGAAUCUGCAUGGACGAAAAGUGAUACUACUUUGUGAAGUCAGCAUGAAUUCCACAAACGUUACAGAUGGUUCUCUCUGCCUUUUGGAAAAGGUGCUGAUUGGAGCUGUUCUCACAGUUCUCAUUGUUGUGACUGUGUGUGGUAAUGUGAUGGUAUGUUUGGCUGUCUAUCUCAAUCGACGGCUUCGCAGCCUAACUAAUUGUUUCAUUGUCUCACUGGCCUUUACAGACCUACUACUAGGCCUACUGGUUUUACCCUUUUCAGCCAUUUAUGAGAUUUCCUCCCAUGAAUGGCUCCUGAACGUUACUUUCUGCAAUGUCUAUGUUAGUUUGGAUGUCAUGCUAUGCACCGCUUCCAUUCUCAAUCUAUUCGUCAUUAGUCUCGAUCGCUAUUAUGCUAUUACGGCACCCCUCCACUACAGCACUGUGGUCACUCCUUUACGAGUCAUUGUAGCUUUGAUCCUGAUCUGGGUAGUGUCCCUUAUGGUUUCUUUCUUACCCAUCAGUUUGGGAUGGAAUACCAAAGACAUGACUAUCCAGAACCAGAUCCAAAUGAAUGGGAAGCAAGAGUGCAAACUGGAGGUCAAUACUUCAUACGUUUUGGUGGAUGGCUUGCUAACUUUCUACUUCCCCUUAAUUAUCAUGUGCACUACCUACUACCGGAUAUUUAAAAUAGCCAGGGAACAAGCUAAGAGGAUCAACCACAGCACUUGCUGCAAGACUGACAAAACUAUAUUGCCCACAGUGAAAGAACACAAAGCCACUGUGACCCUUGCAGCUGUGAUGAGCGCCUUCAUUGUAUGCUGGUUUCCCUAUUUUACUGUGUUCACAUACCGAGGUGUGAUGGGUGCAGUAUGUGACCGACUAAUGACUGUUGUCCUAUGGCUGGGUUAUGCCAACUCGGCUCUGAACCCCAUUUUGUAUGCUGCACUGAAUAGGGACUUCCGGACAGCUUAUCAGAGGUUGCUCAAAUGUCGGCGAAUAAGGCCAGAUGCCAGAGAAACUUCUCUAUCACAUGAGAUGAGAGACAAGUCCUGCCAUCUGAUGACAAACCUAUAUGAAAACAAACAUCUAGAGACACAUACGAUGAAUGGGAGGGCAAAGCCUCUAAUCAAAGAGACCAUAAAAAGGAAUCAGAACCCACCAUGUGAUACCUCAUCUUCCACUAUCCUGCCCAUCUGUCAGAGCCUUUGGUUGGCCAAAGUUCUACCCAAGAGGAACAUAUGGAUCCCAGUGUUUGAGCAGUCAACAGCAAAUGGACAGAACAUAGAGCAACACUCUGCACCCCAUACAGUUAUCUACUGUGUCUUCUCUUAAGCCAGCAGGUUUUCCUUGGCACUGAAUGUAUGUGAAUGAUGAAGCAAAGAUGGAUUGGAAAUUCUUGCAUUUCACUGUUGAAUGACGUUCCGUGUAAAAACAGUUGACUCUGCCAUGUCACACAUGUGGAAGAAGAUGAAGAGGAAUUUCUCAAUAGCCAAACUCUGUGGGGAAAAAAAUCUUUCCUCUACAUCCUGCCAUUUUGUUAAGACUAUUCCUAUCCAAGAAGAAAUGCAUGGGGGCACAGGGAAGAAAUACUGGUUUCACUGGAGAAUUUUCUUUCUCCAAUAUUAAAUUAAUCCUGGGGCUCUAUUCUCUGACAACCAUACUAUCAGAAUAUUCUAGGAUCAAUAUUCCUGAUAAUUCUUUUUUUUUUUGACCUAAUCUACAAAGGGCAUAAAUGUCUUGCAUGUCAAAUAUAGUUCAAAUAACAAUGAUUUUGAAAACCAGGGGUACAAGGAGGAAAGGAAUAAUGUGGGAAAAGAAGGAUGGGUCUGGUUAAAGCAAGGAGGAAGAACAACCAUUGCUUUCAUUUACAUAUUCAUUACUGUAUAUGCUCUUCCUAUUCUUUACUUUUCUGAAGUAAGAACAAUGUAUAUCCUGGAAAUAUUUAUUUCAUUUAGACCCUCUAGAAUCACUUGCACAUUGUCAAAACUUCCAGUAAAAUACAUUAAACUAAAAAAAUGAGAAUUUUGAAUAUUUAA